AUGCUGCACGGUAGUCUGCCAUCGUUGGCAUCGCUGCGGUAUCGUCGCCCGUAUUGGAUGUUAUUUUUGAAGGAUGUUGACAACUGGAAGAUUUACACCGUCAUUCAACAGCCGGAUCACCAACGCACUGAGAUGUUGUACCAGGCGUGGCUAGGCGGACUUGACAGGCCGUACACGCGGCCGAAGUGUAUGGCGAAUCAGCCACUUUGGCUCAGCAAGAAGCGCCACAUUUUGCGAAAAGACCGGCUGGAUGGACCGGAAACGCCGCUUGAGAAGUACGUGCUGGAGUGGCAUAAACGAUUCCAUUCAUUUCAGGGAACCGAACGCCCGACAGUGGAUGAUCUGCAUACUGCACUUGAUCUCGUGGAACGCCCUCUUGAUCUCAGUUACGCCUUUCAGCUGUUGAACCAGUGCCGUAACGUGAAUAACAUUCGUUUUGCAAAGGACACCUUUCUUGUUUUCUUAGAGGCAUGCCUGCGCGUGGAUCGUAAGGACUGCGCCUUGUAUGCCACAGAGAAUGCUGAGGCGUUGGGAUUUUGGCACAUUGAGGAGGAUUAUCGUCGUUAUUUGCGUGGGGAGCAGAGCUGGUACAGACUCUCACCUCUGGAUAAUAUGUAUUACCCGCUGGAGGAGAAUGUGAAGCUGAACGCCGGGCGGUCGCCGCCAUCGUCGGCGGCUGUUGCCGAGGGUGAUGCUGAAGGCACGGCAGAGACAACCGGUUUUGAAGCGGCGGCUGGUGCUGCUGCGUGGAGUGAUGAUGAGGGCAGUAUGAAGGCGGGCUCGUCGAGGGAGAGCAUGACUGUGGAUGAUGAAAUUGCCCGGCUUGAGGCGGAGUUGGCCGCGCUGGAGGAGGAGGGGACGGACGGCGACAACGACGUCAAGGGCCCGAAAGGCCAUUGA